GGGAAGGGAAGAGAAAAAAAAAUAAAAACUCUCUUCAUCGGAUUAACAGAGCUCGCCUCUGUAGUUCAAAGCCUCGUCCUCUCUCUCUCUCUCUCUCUCUCUCUUCUCCUCUCUCCCUUUCUCUCUCUGGAUCACUCCCCGAGGUAGCUGGAUCUCCAGAUUCCGCCAAUUUCAGAUCGACCUAGCGAUCCCGAUCAACAAUGCCUCUCAGACUCGAAAUCAAGAGGAAGCUCGCGCAAAGAUCAGAGAGGGUAAAGUCCGUCGAUCUACAUCCUACGGAACCAUGGAUCCUUGCGAGUUUGUACUCGGGAACUGUUUGUAUCUGGAACUACCAGUCACAGACCAUGGUGAAGUCCUUCGAAGUCACUGAACUUCCAGUUAGAUCAGCCAAAUUUAUUGCGCGGAAGCAGUGGGUUGUUGCUGGAGCUGAUGACAUGUUUAUUCGCGUUUACAAUUAUAACACCAUGGACAAGAUAAAAGUAUUUGAGGCACACACAGAUUACAUUAGGUGUGUGGCUGUCCAUCCCACUCUCCCAUAUGUGCUCUCAUCAUCUGAUGACAUGCUGAUUAAACUCUGGGACUGGGAGAAAGGUUGGGUGUGCACGCAAAUAUUUGAGGGACAUUCCCAUUAUGUCAUGCAAGUGACAUUUAACCCAAAAGACACCAAUACUUUUGCUAGUGCAUCACUUGAUCGUACAAUAAAAAUCUGGAAUCUUGGCUCACCUGACCCAAAUUUUACUCUAGAUGCUCAUCAGAAAGGAGUCAAUUGUGUGGAUUACUUUACUGGCGGUGAUAAACCGUAUCUCAUUACUGGUUCUGAUGAUCAUACUGCAAAGGUCUGGGAUUAUCAGACCAAAAGUUGUGUCCAGACAUUGGAGGGUCAUACACACAAUGUCUCAGCCGUGUGUUUUCACCCUGACCUGCCUAUAAUAAUUACUGGUUCCGAGGAUGGUACAGUUCGCAUAUGGCAUUCAACAACUUAUAGGCUUGAGAACACAUUGAAUUAUGGUCUGGAAAGAGUUUGGGCUAUUGGGUAUAUGAAGGGAUCGCGGCGGGUUGUGAUUGGUUAUGAUGAAGGAACCAUCAUGGUUAAACUUGGUCGGGAGGUUCCUGUUGCUAGUAUGGACAACAGUGGGAAGAUUAUAUGGGCAAAACAUAAUGAAAUUCAGACAGUGAAUAUUAAGAGUGUGGGAGCAGAUUAUGAGAUUACUGAUGGAGAAAGGCUGCCAUUGGCUGUUAAGGAGUUGGGGACCUGUGAUCUUUACCCUCAAAGCUUGAAGCACAAUCCCAACGGGAGGUUUGUUGUUGUUUGUGGAGAUGGCGAAUACAUUAUAUAUACUGCAUUGGCAUGGAGAAACAGGUCCUUUGGUUCUGCGUUGGAGUUUGCCUGGUCAUCUGAUGGAGAAUAUGCUGUUAGAGAAAGUACUUCAAAGAUCAAAAUUUUCAGUAAAAGUUUCCAGGAAAAAAGAAGUGUUCGGCCAACCUUUUCGGCGGAACGUAUUUACGGUGGAACAUUGUUGGCAAUGUGCUCCAAUGACUUCAUCUGUUUCUAUGAUUGGGCUGAAUGCAGGUUGAUCAGAAGAAUUGAUGUCAACGUGAAAAACCUCUACUGGGCUGACAGUGGCGAUUUGGUGGCCAUUGCCAGUGAUACAUCUUUCUAUAUCCUGAAGUACAAUAGGGAUGUAGUUUCUUCUUUUCUGGACAGUGGAAAAGCUGUAGACGAACAAGGAGUUGAAGAUGCCUUUGAGCUUCUUCACGAAACCAAUGAACGUGUCAGGACUGGUAUUUGGGUUGGUGAUUGUUUCAUCUACAAUAACUCUUCCUGGAGGCUUAAUUACUGUGUUGGUGGCGAGGUGACGACGAUGUUUCAUCUGGACAGGCCCAUGUACUUGCUAGGAUAUCUUGCAAGUCAAAGCCGGGUGUACUUAAUAGACAAAGAAUUUAAUGUCAUGGGAUACACUUUACUUCUCAGCUUGAUCGAGUACAAGACUCUAGUGAUGCGUGGAGAUCUCGAGAGGGCAAAUGAGAUUUUACCUUCCAUUCCGAAAGAGCACCAUAACAGUGUCGCCCGUUUCUUGGAAUCACGAGGUAUGGUAGAAGAUGCACUUGAAGUGGCCACAGACCCAGAUUAUAGAUUUGAACUGGCCAUUCAACUUGGCAGAUUGGGGAUUGCAAAGGAAAUUGCUGCGGAAGUCCAGAGCGAGUCGAAGUGGAAACAGUUGGGAGAAUUAGCCAUGUCUACUGGAAAGUUGGAUAUGGCAGAAGAGUGUAUGAAUCACGCGAUGGAUUUGAGUGGUUUGCUACUGCUCUACUCUUCCUUGGGUGAUGCGGAAGGAAUUUUAAGACUUGCAUCCCUUGCUAAAGAGCAAGGAAAGAACAAUGUUGCAUUCUUAUGUCUGUUUAUGUUGGGAAAAUUGGAAGACUGCCUCCAGCUCUUGGUGGAUAGCAAUCGGAUACCUGAGGCUGCUCUGAUGGCGCGAUCUUAUCUGCCUAGCAAAGUUUCAGACAUAGUUGCUAUUUGGAGAAAAGACCUCAAUAAGGUUAAUCCAAAAGCCGCUGAAUCUUUGGCUGAUCCUGAAGAGUAUCCCAACUUGUUUGAUGAUUGGCAAGUGGCACUUUCGGUUGAAUCCAAAGUUGCAGAAUCCAGGGGUGUUCAUCCGCCAGCUGAAGAAUAUCUCAAUUACACUGAUAGAUCACACGGUACUCUCGUAGAGGCUUUCAGAAACAUGCAAGUGGAUGAGGAAAAUGAACCUCUCGAAAAUGGUGACUCAAAUCAUGAGGUCACUGAAGUAGAUGGAGAGGAACAAAAUGUUGAGGAACAUUAUGCAGAAGAAGAGAGCCAAGAGGAGGCUGUCGUAGUGGAUGCCGAUUCUAAUGAUGGUGCCGUGCUCGUUAAUGGCAACGAGGCUGAAGAAGAGUGGGGUACGAAUAAUGAAGGAACUCCGUCGGCCUAAAAGCAAUUGGUUGGGCCAGUGUGAAAAUCCAAAUUUUGUCCCUGUGCUCACGCCACAUCAUUAGUUCCCCUAUCUUCGAGAGAAUUCCUUGCCGCUGUACUAUCCUUAAGGUGAGAACAAGUACUUUCAAUUGGCUGAUGGGAGAGGGUUGGUGGAAAAGAGACUUGGACAUGCUCUGCACAUUUCCAUCCUCUUCUGUGGCAGUAGAGAAUUAUGAGAUUUUUCUGGCGGUAGUUCUUUAAUGGAAAGCGUGCUUAGCUAGGGCAUAAUACAUUGGUAGGAAGUGUACGUGGCGGAUUUUGUUGUAGAGUAUAAUAUUUGAAGUACUUAUCAGGAGUAAUUUUGAUGAUUAUUUGAUUGUGUUUGUCCCAAGAUACAUACCUUGGCAAUCAAUUGGAGCAUUCUUACUUAGGGUA